CGUAUGAUGUCCGUGGUAGCGCUGACUUUAAAAGAGGAUUCUUCCUUGUGAAUUUUUGCAUGAAGAACUGAAGAGAUUUAAAUGAUGUGACUGUUUCUUUUGUAAGCAUUUUCGAAGCGCAUUUGUGCUGGCAUAUUUCAGACAGCUUCUGGAAAUGACUUCCAGUCUUCAGCGUGAGAUAAUUAUUUCCACAGCUUGUAUCAUGUCGAGACGUGUUUCAUGACAACUUUUGAGGAGUUACUGUUUGGCUUUACAUCACACGGCUAAGUCAUAAAACCCUGAAUAGUUGUAAUUUUCAUUUGCUCUCGUCAGUAUGGAAAUUGCGGAGAACAGCAGUGUUACCGCCCCGUACACCUUCCGUGGAUCAGAUUUUUAUGUGACGAUGGAUUGCAAGGGGAACAACUCAGUGACUAUAGAAGUGGAGGACCGACUCACAGCUGAUCAGUGGAGAGCAACAUUCGAUGCAGCCUAUGUGGAGGACCUGACACGUAAAACUGGAAACUUCAAACAGUUCUCCAUAUUUGUCAGUAUGCUGGAGUCAGCAAUAACACAGUCAAGCAGCACAGUGUUUCUGGACCUGCUGACCUAUUCUGAUCUGGAAGUGCUACGACAAAAGAAGAGUGGUGCUUCAGAUGCCAAGUCCAGUAUUCCAGCUCCACGCAGUGGUUUGAUGUCCAAACGUUAUCUCAUUCUCACAUACACAGUGGAAUUUGACAGAAUCCAUUAUCCUUUGCCAUUGCCAUACGUUGGAAAGCCUGAUCCCAGAGCACUUCAGGAGACCAUCAGACAACUGAAAACUGAGAUAAAGAAACUGAAGCAAGCAGGUUAUGCAGAAUACAGAAAUCGGGAUUAUGAAAAGCUCCAGAAGGAGUUUCAGCGGCUGGCUAAAGAGAAGGAUGAAAUAGAAGCAGAGUUCAUGCAAUACAGGAGAGAGAUGCGCAAUACAGUCUCAGGCAGCACUGUAAAGGAGGUUCGAACUCUUAAAGCUGUAGUUCGAAAUCUGGAGCAGGAACUGAUGAAAGAGAAAACAGAACACCAGCGAGCUUCAAGUAAACGCAGUCAAGAGUAUAGAGAACUUUUGGAAGAGGUGGAAGAACUGAGAGCUUCAGAAAGAAAUCUGCGUGUUCGUGUUAAAAGUCUUACCAAUGAGCUUGCUGUAUACAAGAGGGGUCGACAACCUGCACGCAGCAACAGUACUGACAAAAGAAGUUCCAUAGAAAGACUGAAUAAACUUAGGAAGAAUUCCAGUUCUAGACAGAGAUCUUUGUCACGAGAGAGAAACUCCUCAUACUCACGAGAUAUAGAAAGGUCCAGUUCUCAUGACCGCCUUUAUCUCCCGCAGCGAAGAGAUAGGUCAUCUUCCAGAGAUCGACCAUCAUCAGCUCCUAAUCGUAGCAGGCACUCUGAGUCCCCGUCAUCUGUCAGAGGUAGUUUCCAUGUAUCCAGAUCUCCGUCACCAGCAGGGCUUCUAAUAUCUAGAUUUAAUCCCACUGCAUACAUAAAGGAACAGGAGAGGCGCAAGAAAGAGGCUGUUUUAAAAAGGAAGAGAAGAGAGAGAGCCAAUGUAUCAGGUGUUUCCAUCAACUCAAAACCCUCUCCUGCCAGUUUUAACUCCAGUAGAAAUUCAGCUCAUAGCCGACACAGAUCUAGGACUUCCUCUAAAUUUGCAGUUGGGAGCCAGGGUGAUCUGAGUGAUGGCUUUGUCUCAGACGGCUCUUACACUUCACGGCUACAGAGUAGCAGUUACUUGGCAAAACCACAGUUAAGUCAGUCUAAGAUGACCAGAGGAAAAGCACGUCUGCCUUACAAGUCAAAAGUUUUGGCCAGCACUCCAGAAAAUGGUUUCGGCAAGCGCAAGUCUGUGAUAGACAAAGAAAAUGUGGAUCCCGCAAGCACUAGUGAUGGGGAAGAAAGUGAAGUUUUCGAUAGAUCUGCUGAAAUCAAUGAAAUUGAUGAGCGCCUGAAUCGUUUGCAGCAGCUGAUGAAAGCCACCAUGCCAUAACUACCAAAACUUGCAACAAAAUGAAUGCGUCUGAAACCAUGGUCAGCGGUUUGUGAUGUACUGUCAGUUAGGUUUCACUGCAGACAUCAGACAUUCUAAAAUAAUCUUAGGCUGCAUUUAUAAGACUCAAAGAAACUGUGAUCAUGCCUAAAAAAAAAAAAAGGCCAGACAAGAACGGGUGCCAGUUUAGCAGGAUACUAUAUUUGUCUUACGCAUGCCAAGCUGUGUUUUUAAAAAAGCAAAGACUUUAUGAUGUUCAUAACAACAGAUGUACAAGAAUAGUUAAUGAGUGCAUGGCUGAAUGACGGAUGGUGUACUUUCAGAUGCAAGUGUGGAUAUGGUAACUCUUGUUCACUGCACAUGACAUUUAUAUAUAGUUGUACACAAACCUACUUUUGAGAGAAUGCCUGAACAUGCACAUGGUAGGUUUAUCAGUUUUUGCAUUAUCUCUAUAUAUGUAACAUUUAAAGUGCUGAGUCUUUGUAUCAUGGAGAAGGGGAAAAAUGAUAAUUGUAACUUGGUAAAAAUUGAAGAUUUUGAAAAUUAAGCGUGAGGAUUAGUGUAUCAAAGGAGGAGAGAUAUUAGUGAGGGAGAGCUGGCAGUCUUUAUUCCUUAUGUCUGGAAUUGGCAUUGGAAUUGUGAGGCUGGCAAGACUUAAUCUUAGUAUUACUAUAGACAGUACUGUUUGGAGACAUCUACAGCAAAUGUGGGUUUUGUUAACACCAGAUGAUGGCCAUGAGGCAGCUUUGGAAGCAACAUGGAACCUCUACUUGUUAAAAAAAGAAAAGGGAUGAGGGAGGUCAGGAUAGUUUCACAUCUUGUGUUUGCUCCACAGCUACUAAGGCUGUAUCUAUGGAGAGAUAUGCAAUCACAGGAACAGCCAGGUAUAAACCCCGGGUUUAUAUUUUCAGUGCGCUGAUGGGUCAUUUAUUUUUUUUCUUUCUGCACAAUAAAAAUUUGGUGUAAGCAAGAGUGAAUGAGAAUAUUACCUGAUAUUUUAAUUGAAUGACUAAAACCAUUAAAAAAACUGAAAGUAUU